UCGGCCUGCUCAACCAUCUCCACUAGCUCUCGACUCAGAUGGACGUCGCCGAUGCUGCUUUCAGGUCCAGCCAGCAGGAGCAGGGUCACAGGACCGUGUCGUCGGAGCCGCCGAAGCGGCCGGCGGGGCGGACCAAGUUCCACGAGACGCGCCACCCGCUGUACCGCGGCGUGCGGCGCCGUGGCCGGGUCGGGCAGUGGGUGUGCGAGGUGCGCGUGCCCAGGGUGAAGGGCUCCAGGCUCUGGCUCGGCACCUUCACCACCGCCGAGAUGGCGGCGCGCGCGCACGACGCCGCGGUGCUCGCGCUCUCCGGCCGCGCCGCCUGCCUCAACUUCGCCGACUCCGCAUGGCGGAUGCUGCCCGUGCUUGCGGCCGGGUCGUUCGGCUUCCGCAGCGCGCGGGAGAUCAAGCUUGCUGUCGCCGUCGCCGUCGUCGCGUUCCAGCAGCAGCAGAAUAUUCCUCCAGCCGCGUGUCCAACGGCGGAGCCGGCCGCCAGCCCGAGCAACUCUCUGUUCUACAUGUCGUCUGGCGACCUGCUGGAGCUCGACGAGGAGCACUGGUUUGGCGGCAUGGACGCCGGGUCGUACUACGACAGCUUGGCGCAGGGGAUGCUCGUGGAGCCGCCGGACGACAGAGCCAGGCGGGAGGACGUCGAGCAGACGGGCGUCGAGACACCAACGCCGCUAUGGAGCUAUUUGUUUGACUAAUUCAACACGCAGUGUAAAGUUGUCGAUAGUUCUGUUUUGGGAACAAAGUGAGUAGGCAGUUUUUUUUUAACGUUGUAGUAGGCAGUUUGAAGCUCCCGGUUUCUACUUUUGUGAGAAUGGGACCCUAAGAGCGUGUUUGGGACUGCUCUGCUCCUUAAAAUUCAGCUCCGCUUCAGAAAAUACAAGUCAAACGAGGUAGCUUCACGAUA